CUUUCUCCCGGCCGUUUUCCCUAGUCUUCUUCUUUGCCUCCCUCUCUCUUCUUCCCUCGAGAUCAAGAACACCAUCGCUUUCCCUCGAGAUCCCUUCUCGUUCGUGCACGAAUCCACCUGCAAUCCCCUUCGACGCAUGAUUCCUUGCUUCCCUUGCUGUGCAUCGAGAUCUCUCUCCUCUCUCUAUGCCCUUGCUGAAGGUCCCUUCUCCUCUUCCCAAGCUUGCAGCUUCCGGGAUUUAACUUGAGGAUUUGUGAGAUCUGUUGGAAAAACGAGAGAAAAUGGGGUUCUUGAAGUGGGUUUCGGUGAUCUGUGUGAUUUUCUGUUGGGUUUUGGCUUCUGAGUCUUCUGCUGAGGAUGAGUUCCGACGCGCGUUUCCUAUUGUGGUACCUGAUCCUGGUCAUACAAAACUUCUAAUUGCUAGAGAAGGAUUGGAGGCUAUUCAAAGAAUUAAAACCCCAAUCGCCGCCAUUGCUGUUAUUGGUCCUUAUCGGUCAGGCAAAUCAUUUCUUCUUAAUCAACUUCUGUCUCUUUCUUGUGAUGAAGGUUUUGGUGUUGGGCAUAUGCGUGAUACAAAAACUAAAGGGAUAUGGGUCUGGGGAACCCCAGUAGAGCUAGUAAUUGAUGGGGUAAAAGUGUCUGUAUUGUACCUUGAUACUGAAGGUUUUGAGAGUGUUGGAAAAUCAAAUGUAUAUGAUGAUAGGAUUUUCGCGCUGGCAACUGUCUUGAGUUCUGUGCUUAUAUACAACCUGCCUGAAACGAUUCGUGAGGCUGAUAUAUCCCGGCUGUCUUUUGCUGUUGAAAUUGCAGAAGAAUUCUAUGGCAGAGUCAAGGGGCAAGAUGUUGCUUUUGAGCCUGCUAAGCUCUUGUGGCUUAUCCAACGUGAUUUCCUACAAGGAAAAUCUGUUCAAGAAAUGGUGGAUGAAGCACUCCAGCAGGUCCCUAAUCAUGGUGGAGAUAAAAAUAUUGAGCAGGUGAACCAGAUCCGCCGAUCCUUGGCUAUUAUGGGUGAAAAUAGUACAGCCUUUAGUCUACCCCAGCCUCAUCUUCAUAGGACAAAACUUUGUGAAAUGUUGGACAGUGAACUUGAGCCAUCGUAUGUGGAGAAAAGAGAAAAAUUGAAGCAAGUUGUUGCAUCUAUCAUUCAUCCAAAAGUUGUGCAGGGUAAACAUCUAAAUGGGCCGGAGUUUGUAUCUUUUCUGGAGCAGAUUCUGGAAGCCUUGAACAAAGGUGAAAUUCCAUCAACGGGUUCUCUUGUUGAGGUUUUCAAUAAGGGUAUUCUGGAGCGUUGCUUGAAAUUGUACAAUCAACAGAUGGAUACCUUGUUCCUACCACUGCCAGAGGACAAGCUGCAGCUUGCCCAUGAUGAGUCCAGCAAGCAAGUGAGGAAACUUUUUGAUGAGCAGCAUUUUGGUCACUAUCAUGCAGAGAAAUCUGUCGUAAAACUUGAUGAUGAAAUACAGAAGGCAUACAAAAGCUAUCUUUUAGCAAAUGAGUAUGAGUCAUCAAGGGUAUGUGAGAGGUUAUAUACAGAUUGUGAGGAUAAAAUGGAUCAGCUUCAAGUCUUAAGGCUUCCCUCAAUGGCAAAGUUCAAUGCUGGUUUUCUGCAAUGCAAUCAGAGUUUUGAAGAAGAUUGUGUUGGGCCUUCCAAAAAGAAUUAUGAACAGAGAAUGGCAAAGAUGCUUGGAAAGGGACGCAUUCUAUUCAUCAAGGAAUACAACCAGAGGCUUUUCAACUGGCUGGUCGCUUUCUCCCUUGUCAUGGUUGUGGUUGGGCGAUUUGUCAUCAAGUUCAUGUUGCUCGAAAUCGGUGCGUGGGUGAUGUUUAUCUUCUUGGAGACAUACACAAGGAUGUUCUGGUCUGCUGAAUCACUGUACUACAAUCCUGCUUGGCAUGCCAUUGUGACUACCUGGGAAACCAUUGUGUACAGCCGAUUCCUCGACUUGGAUAGAUGGGCAAUUCCCCUCAGCAUAUUGUUGGCAAUAUUUGUUUUCUAUUGGCGGUGUUACGGGCGAAGGAAACAUGGUUCUAUCUCUCUAUUGCCUCUAUACAAUAGUGCUCACAGAACCGGUGCCAAUCGGCCAAGAACAGAUUAGAGUAUUAAACUCAUUGCCAUUUAUUGCCAUUCCUCUCAAUUUGAUUUCUUUGCUGCACUCAGUGAGACCUCAAUCAAUCUGAUCACCAUGCAUCCAUUUGUGGGAUAGGGCCUUGUUUUUCUGUGCCCUUGCCUGUGGAUCACAUAUGCUCUCUGGACUGAAGGAUAGGGGUGAAAUUAUGACAAGCAUGAAGCAUCUAUCUUGUAAGGCUGGUUAAACGUAAGCAUUUCUUCAUCGUCGUCGUUUAUUGGAAGUGAUUGAUUCUUUAAGAAUAGAUUAUUAUCUACUAUUCUUUUGUUACUGAAGGAUUUGGUAUUCUGAUGGUAAUUGUAUACUUUACUUGCUAGACCUACUGGAUUUGGUAAUGCCAUCAAUGUCAGGUUGAUUUACAGUGUUUAACAUGGAUUGGAAAAAAAUAAAAAUAAAAAUUUCUUAUCAAUUAUUUUAUUUCUGGAUGUUGAA